AUGGAGAAGCUGGAGUUAUUCGCCGCCUCUCCAGUGGACGAUGGAGUUCCCAUUGUCACCGAAUUGAAAGUCCCCCGAUCUCUGAGUCAUGGCCUCAAGGCGUUUAAGCCGGUUCGCCGAGCCUCCCUCAGCCCACAACUCGAUGAAUCGCCAAAAACAAUAGUUGAACUGCCCGCCUUCAAACUCGCUACUUAUAAUCCAACAGCCAAGACAAAAUAUUUAACUCAACAGUUCGAGUUGCACGAGAUUUUGGGCCGCGGAAGUUUCGGGCAAGUUUAUGGAGCCAAGUGCAAACGAACCGGCAACUUCUUCGCUGUCAAAAAAGCCCUUCAUCAGUGUUCAAGAACACUGCCAGAACAUGACAUUCUCUACCAACUCUGUCACUCCAAAAUCAUCAAGAUUUUUGGCGCCUGGCGAGAGGCCGAGCACGUAUUCACAAUCCUCGAACUUUGCUCCUACCCCUUGAGCUAUGUGAUGAAAGUGCAGAGCGGCAGCGCCAUCAGCACGGCCGCCUGGAACGUGCUGGCCGACAUUAGCGAAGCGCUGGCGCAUUUGCAUCUCAACAAAGUCAUCCACAACGACGUGAAGCCGGACAACAUUCUGGUGACCUCCAACGGGAUCUACAAACUCGCCGACUUUAAUGUGAGCGUCGAGUGGAAACGCUACGGAAAAGUGGAGGCCGAAGCGUUGCCCCGCGGCGACGAUCGCUACUCUGCGCCCGAAUGCAUUGCAAAACAUGUGUACAACGACAGAAUCGACAUCUACGCGUUUGGAGCGACUUUAUUGAACUUUUUGAUUGGUCGACCGGCCGAAGCGAACGAGCUGGAAAUGACGAAUUUGGAUGGGUUUUUGAACGCCAAUGUUGGAUGGAGUUUGCGGCAAGUCUUGAGGAAGAUGUUGGACCAUGAGCCGGCUGUUCGCCCGUCCGCAAGAACCCUGCUUUACCACGAAAUUGUGACAAUACACAAGACGGACAGCAAUGGACGAGGACCGGUUUUGAGUGAGGAACAAAUCGAGGAGUAUGAGAAUGGGCUGUUCAGGAAGAGUGGCAACGAAGAUGGGGAGAACAUCAGCGAAGAUUUGGAGCUGAGAAGGUGGAUUCUGGAGGAUGAAUAUAUCAUCAAGCCGGAUACUUUGCCAAGAAGAGUCUCGUUGAGAAAUGUAAGUGGCAGUUGACAUCUUUAGCGGUUUAUAAAGUGAAUUUUGAGUGAAUUUUGGUUAAUUUGCUAAUUUUUCAGCUCGAUGAAUCGCUUAGACUCAACUGCUCAGAUCCUCAAAUCUCCUCUGAUCUCCUAACAUCGCCUGUGCUAAAGCCAAAGAGAUUGUCGCUGAGAAAUGUAAGUUUCACUGAAAUUUUGAUAGAACAAGCAACCAUCUGAUAUAAGGCUUUUUGACAUUUUUCUGAAAUUGUAAAAAAAACUCUAAUAUCCCUUUUUUUUAACCCUUUUUCUUGCAGACAUCCGAGCGAAUCUCCACUUCCUCCGACGAUUCAGACCUAACCUCCCCAAUCACCAAGAGAAAUCGGCCCUCAAUUUCGUUCAGAAGACGUCUGUUUGAAGACUAA